AGGAAAAAUACUUUUGUGUCAAAUGUUAGAAAAUAAAUGAGACAUUUGAAAGCAUAAAUUUUUGUUUCUUUUCAAUUGGAACCAUCUUCAGCACUCGUCUCUUUAUCCUAAAAGAUGGAAGCACUAAAUCUUUUAUUCCUUGGAAACAAUGACUUUGACUCUAGGACGCAAACAUUAAAAGGUUCAUAAAUUAGGGUGAUAAGUAAUAUUUUCCCUAUACGUCUCAAUCUAGAAUUAGACUAACUCUUUGUGAUGAUUUGGAUAUUUGUAGGAGUUAUUCCACAAGAGAUACAUCAUCUUCAUAAUUUAACAGUAUUGGACUUGAGUUCGAACAAGUUAUCAGGCACCUUGCCACCAACCAUUUUCAACAUGUCUUCCUUGGCAUGGAUUGACUUAUCAAGUAACACACUUAGCGGGGCAUUGCCUUCAGAAAUUGGGAACAUGAAAGCACUAUCUACUUUAGUACUUCAGAACAAUGCCUUAACCGGUACUAUUCCAUCCUCCAUCUGUAACUUGACAUCUCUUGGAUUUCUUGUUCUCUCAAAUAACACCUUGGAAGGAACAAUUCCACAAUGCUUUGGAAAUUUGAGCAAAUCUUUGCUCAUUUUUCAUUUAAAUGUGAAUCAGUUUAGUGGUCUCAUUCCAUCAUCAUUUAGCAAGGGAUGUGGCCUUGUGUCCAUCAAUUUGAAUGGUAAUAAAUUGCAAGGACCAUUACCUAAGUCCUUGAUCAAUUGCCAAAGACUACAAGACCUCGACGUUGGAAAUAAUAGAAUACAAGACGAAUUUCCCUUUUGGAUGGAAGUCCUUCUAGACCUUCAAGUGCUGGUCUUGAGGGCUAACAAGUUUUAUGGUAACAUGUCAAUUCCUUCGCAAACCAAGAUUCCAUUUCAUAAUUUGCAAGUUUUAGAUAUAUCUCAGAAUAGAUUUGUGGGCUCUCUGCCUCAAGGAUAUUUCAAGAAUUUCAAAGCAAUGAUAGAGGUAAAUGAAACAAGCUUGUCAACUAACGACACCUUCUUUAAAUAUUAUGUGGAGAUGAGGCUCACCUUGAAAGGUCUGGAUCAAUUAUUACAGAGAUUGUUGUCAGCCUUUACAACAAUCGACUUAUCCUCCAAUAGAUUUUCUGGGAGUAUUCCACAUUCCAUAGGAAAUCUUAAGAUUCUCAAAUACUUGAAUCUGUCCCACAAUAACCUCAUAGGAAAUAUCCCUUCAUCUCUUGGAAAUUUGAGUGAACUUGAAUCUUUAGACUUGUCGGUGAACAAGUUGGAUGGAGAAAUUCCAAGUGAAUUGACAGGGUUGACAUUUCUUGCGAAAUUAAACCUUUCAAUGAAUAAUUUUGUGGGACAAAUACCACAGUCUAAGCAGUUUUCCACAUUUGAGAAUGAUUCAUACGUGGGAAACUGGAGACUGUGUGGAGUUCCGUUGACGAGAAAAUGCAACGACGAGAACAGGCAUCAGAUGCAGCCAGAAGAAGAUGAUGAUGAAGAAGAUGAGUUUGGAUUUAUAGAUGGAUUUGGAUGGAGAAGUGUGGUGAUGGGAUAUGGAAGUGGAUUCGUAGUUGGAAUUGGAAUUGGUUACAUUAUCAUUAGAAAUGGAAGGCCAAGAUGGUUAGUGGAAUUCUUUUUUGGCAUUGGAUAUAAUAAUAAUAAGAAGAAGAAGAAGAAGAAGAGACGCAGCAGAGCUACACCAACACCAACACGCAGGAGAACUUAAUUGAAGGCUUGUGCUCGAAUUGUGUUUUCUUUUUCUUAUUUCCUUUGUAAUGGCUACGUUAGUGUGUUUUUAGAGUUUACGAAAUGUUGUUGUUUGUUCAAAUAUGUGAAGUUUUAAUUUUAUCUC